CAGCGUUUUUUUUCAUCAUCAAAGUAUAAAAUUAUGUGUUAACGCUUGCACCACGAGAAAACGGAAAUGUGAUAACAAUUAUCAAAAAUGUGGACAUCAAGUCCGGGACCUAAAUUAGUUUGAGUUGGUUGACUGUACACCACACACAAACUCAACGAUUUUAAAAAUGAACUUUUGGACGUUAGUCUCGUUAUUUAUCCUGGCACAGGAAACCCUCCAGUCCUGUGUUAUCUCAAGCAAACUCAUAACUAUUCAUGCCUGGCAUUACCGUGUGCAAACAACUAGAACCGAAAAUAGCAUUCAAUGUGUCAAUGAAACCAUUUCUUCCAACUUGGGCGCAAAAGUGAAACCGCUUGCUGAAAAAUAUUCGCCAAAGUGGUUAGAAAUCAUCGACACCAACAGUCCUGAAAUACCUUCAGGAGUUUUCAGCCUGGUUUCGGCUCUUUUAGACUUACGAAUUAACAACGCCAGUGUCCAAAUAAUCCAACCCGGGGCCUUCAACAAUUUAACAAAUCUAACGAAACUUUCGCUAAAGUGCAACCGACUCACAAGUGUGAAGAAAACUUAUUUUGCAAAUUUGUCGAUGUUGGAGGAAUUGGAUCUAAGUUAUAACAACAUUGCGAGUGUAGAUAGUAAAAGUUUUGUCGGUUUGACAGAAUUGCGUAUGCUUUCGCUACAAAAUAAUUUCCUUACUGAUUUGGCGCCUGAUCUGUUCAAGGAUCAGAUCAAGUCGUUGUAUAGUUUAGAUUUGUCGUUUAACAAGUUCGUAACCAUCAAAAAUGGGAUAGUUUCGAAUCUUAAAACCUUAAACACUAUUUAUUUAAAUAACAAUAACUUAAAGAUUUUGUCAGGAUGCGAAUUUAACAAUACGAAGAAUUUGAAAUAUGUUUACGUUAAUAAUAACAAUCUGCAAGCGCUGGAUAAAUUAAAUUUGCCAAGUGAAGUUACAGUUUUCAAUGCAAGCCAUAAUUUAAUCAAAUCGAUGAGCUUUUGGGUCCAUGCCGUUGUCUAUUUGUUAGACAUGAGCUCAAAUGGGAUCACCUCUGUGCAAAAUUUAUCAUUUGAAAAUGCAACGAUUAAAGAAAUGAACCUGGACCAGAACUAUUUGGGAAUUAAUCCUAGCUACAACCACUCAAACUUUUUCAAAAGUUUCUUAGUACUAGAGACUAUCUCUCUCGGUUAUAACAAUUUACAACAAUUGGAUCGUUACGCAUUCGCACAAACUAAAGUUCUAACCAAACUGAACCUCACAGGAAAUUAUUUAACCAAAGGCGAUUUUUUAAAUUUUCUAACAAAAUUGGAAUAUUUGAAUCUGAGCUUCAACAAGUUUGAUUCCAACUUAAAUUUAACCAGUUUGGCAAACCUGAAAGAGUUGGACCUUGGUUCUAACAACUUGGCUCAAAUUCCGUUUGACUUUUUCGCGGGCUUAAAGCAUUUACAGAAAUUAAACUUAGGUAACAAUAAAAUAGCAAAACUCGCUUUGGGGUGUUUCAGAGAUUUGCAAAAUCUGAGAGUGAUUGACCUAUCGAGUAAUAAAAUUUCGUCGCUGGAUGUGGGUGUUUUUGCGGGACUGCUUGGUUUGAAUGAGUUGAAUUUAUCAUACAAUGAAUUAACUCAAUUGAACGGUGCAGUUUUUCACAAUUUGAGGUUUCUGCGAGCGCUUGGUUUGAAAAAAACUAAAGUUAGUUACACGAUUGUUGAAAAUGUGCUCUCGCAGUCACUCUCAUUGAGGAACGUUGAUCUGGCAGAAAAUAACUGGUCUUGUUCGCUUCUCACAAAGCUUAUUAAUAAAUUUAGAAUAUUGAAACUUGCAGAUGCAGGGGAUUAUAACGUAACUAAUAUAGAUGGAGUUGCUUGUAGUUAUAACGAUGAUGAUCUAGCCGAUUUAGUUAACUUGGAAACGAGGAACUUUGCGACUUUUAAUGCAAAGUUAAGUACUGGGAAUACUUUAUUAAUUUUGGUGUUGGUUGUUUUGGUAAUGCACUUGGCAAUUAUUGUGCUAAUUUGUAAGAGCAAUAGGAUGAUAAAGAUCGGGCAGAGACCGAAAAGUGAACAGGAAAUGCAACUCGUGUCCGAUUGCUAAACGUAAAUGUAAGGAAAUAAAUAUUGUAAAGUUGUAA